UGCGCGGCGCACUUAAAUCAAAAUGGCGCGGAGCGAUGAUGGCCCCAAAAGCAGUUCUGCUUCCGGAGAUCAGACGACUGCGGCCGAGGGAGGCUCCGAAGUUGACGAAACCUCUUACGAUGAAGAGUACGAAGCACUGAAUGCAGCUAUGGACGAAAUCAACGCAUGUCUGGACCACAUAGAGCAGAAGAACAACGACCUCUUCGCUCAGAUGCGCCAGUUCCUGGAGGCGACAAAGCAGGAGGAGAUGGAGCUCGAAGAAGACGCUUCAGUGCGCACAGAUGACAGCGGUUAUCAGCCGUAGACUGGCAUUCAUACUGCUGUUUUAAGUUUAUCGUUGCAUUCCAGAGUGUUCCUAUCCUGUGCUGGUCCCCUGAGCGUCCCAUCAUGUGAUCGCUUAGAUUCUCUGUUGCUGCUUGCACGCCAAAGAUGUUUUAAUAAAACCACAGUUCCAAUACACACAA